AGGGUUUAGAAACUGCCAUGGGAAGGGACUGUGGACAGUACACUAAGUUCUGAACUGGUAAUGCUGGAGGGUUAGGUGUUAUUAGGACUGCAAAGCAGCUUGACUAAUUACAGUGCCUGUUUGGAUUAAGGAAAUUGGAUUUCACAUGAUUCAAGUUAAUGGGAAAAGGUGAACUCUUUUUGGAAAAAGAUAAUAUCAUCUGGAUCCUGGACAGCUUUUUACAUAAAUAUUGAGAAUUCAAUAAAAAAACUACUAGGAAGACAUACAAAAAACUGGUUGACAUGAAAAAAACCUAGAGAAAAAACAGACAAUACAAACAGAUACUAGAAUUUACUGACAAUGAUGUUAAAAUAAGUAUGACUAAUAGAUUGUAAAGAAUAGAGAAAAUAGGGGCACCUGGGUGUCUCAGUCGGUUAAGUGUCUGACUUCAGCUCAGGUCAUGAUCUCACACUCUGUGAGUUCGAGCCCCGCGUCAGGCUCUGUGCUGGCAGCUCAGAGCCUGGAGCCUGCUUCAGCUUCUGAGUCUCCCUCUCUCUCUUCCCCUCCUCUGCUUAUGCUGUGUCUCUCUCUGUCUCAAAAAUAAAUAAAAACAUUUUUAAAAAUUUUUAAAAAAAGAAUAGAGAAAACAAAAGAGAAUUCCACCAGAGAAUUGAUAUUUAAAAUAGAAAUUCAUUACAGAACAGAAAAAUAUAAUAUCUGAAAUUAAAAGCUAUUAAGGUAGUUUAUGACUUAGUAGAUAUAAAGGAAUACAGGAUUAAUUAAUGAAAGACAAGCCAAUAUAAAAUAUCCAAAAAGCAGCAUAGGAAAAAAUAUUGAAAAAUACAGAAACAUAUAUGGCCUUUUGUUGCAACGUGGAUGGAACUGGAGUGUUAGGCUAAGUGAAAUAAGUCAUACAGAGAAAGAUACCAUAUGUUUUCACUCUUAUGUGGAUACUGAGAAACUUAACAGAAGACCAUAGGGGAGUGGAAGGGGGGAAAAAUACAGAGAGGGAAGGAGGCAAACCAUAAGAGACUCUAAAAAACUGAGAAUAAACUGAGGGUUGUUGGGGGCUGGGAGGUAGGGGAAAGUGGAUGGUGGACGAUGAGGAGGGCACCUGUUGGGAUGAGCACUGGGUUUUGUAUGGAAACCAAUUUGACAAUAAAUUUCAUAUAAAAAAGAAAGAAAGAUACAGAAAAGAACAUAAUUGACAAGUGAGACAUAAUGAAAAACUCUAAUAUACAUAGGACUGUAAUCCUAAAAGAAGAAGAGAUACUAGGAAUGAAGAAUAAGCAAUGUUUGAAGAGAUAAUGAUGAGGAAUUUGUACAAAUCCUUCAUCACUCAAAAUGCUCAGGGAAACCCAGUCAAUAGAAAUAAAAUACAGGGGCACCUGAGUGGCUCGGUUGGUUAAGCCUCUGACUUUGGCUCAGGUCAUGAUCUUAUGGUUCGGUUCAUGAGUUCCAGCUCCAUGUUGGGCUCUGUGCUGACAGGUCAGAGCCUGGAGCCUGCUUCAGAUUCUGUGUCUCCUCUCUCUGCCCCUCCCAUGCUCCCAUGUCUGUCUGUCUGUCUCUCUCUCAAAAAUAAACAUUAAAAAAUGUAAAAAAAGAGAGAGAAAAUACAAAAUACAACUAGGAAAUAUCAUAGGAAAACUGCUGAAGACUAGCGUCAAGGAGAAAAUCUUAAAAGCAACCACAUAAAAAUGACACAUUACUCUUAAAGGAGCAACAAUAAAAUGGAGAGCUGGCUUUUCAACAUAAAUCAUGAAACCAAAAGACAAAGAAAUUAGGUCUUUAAGGUCGUGGGAAAAAGAAACCAGAUUAGCACUCUUCUAUCAUCAGAAAAUAUCCUUCAAAAAUAAAGUUUUCAAACAGAUAAAAACCAAGAGAAUCAUAAUCACAUUUGCACCAAAACAAAUGUUAUUAGUAGAAUUCACUGGGUAGAGGGAGAACAGUCCUAAAGGAAUCAGACUUGCAGGAAGAAACGAAGAGCAACAGGAAGAAUAAAUAUAAAUUAAUAUUGAUUAUACGAGGCAAAAACAGUUUCUUAAAAGAUUUAAAAUAUAUACAAGAUUUAAAUUCAUGACAACAAUAAUGUAAAGGGGAAGAUGAUAUAGAUACAGUCGAUGAGUUCUAAGCUUCUAAGAAUGAUCAUGGAAGUAGUAAAAUUAAAAAGUUUGUAUCAGACUCUUGUAGAUCAAAGAUACAUGCUUUAAUCUGUAGGAUAAUUACUACAAAAUUAACUAAAAAACUAACUGAAGGAAAAUGAAAAAUAACAAAUAUCUGAAUAGUCUAAAAAUAACAAAACUUUAGGGACAAAUAGAGAAAAAUAGAUGGUAAAUAUAAAUAGAGAAUUAUCAAAUAUUACAUCAGUCGUGGUUAGAUUAAAUAAUCAAUUAAACAACCAAAAGUUGUCAGACUAUGGGGCGCCUGGGUGACAGUUAGUUGGUUAAGCAUCUGACUCCUGAUUUCCACUCCAGUCAUGAUCUCAAUGUUUAUGAGUUUGAGCGACAUGUCAGGCUGUGUGCUGACAGUGCAGAGCCUGCUUGGGAUUCUGUCUCUCCCUUUCCCUGACCCUCCCCCACUUGUGCUCUCUCUUUCUCUCUCUCUAAAUAAACUUUAAAAAAUGACAUGAUUGUACAUAUAAAAAGUCGUAAAGAAUCUCUUGAUGAUUAGGCUUAAUAAAUAAACUAGUUAGCAAUUCCACUGGUUAUAAGGUAGCAUAAAAUAUAAAUUGUAUUUCUGAUAGCAACAAAAAUCCUAAAAUUAAAAAUUUUAAGUAUAAUUUACAAUAGUUUAAAAAAUAUCAAUUAUCUAGAAACUAACAGAAUAUGUGUAAGACUUAUAUACUGAAAAACUAUAAAAUAUUGAGGAAGGUUAAAGAUCUAAAUAAAUAGAGGAUACAUAAUUUUCAAUAGUUGGAAGACUCAAUGUUGGGAAUAUGUCAAUUAUCCCCAGUCUAUAGAUGGAAUAAAAUUCUAAACAAAAUUUCAGCAGAUUUCUUUGUAAAAAUUGACAGGCCAAAUCUAGAGAUUAUAUAGAAAUGCAAAGGGACAAGAAGAACCAAAACAAUCUUGAAGAAAAAGAAUGAAAGUGGAGGAUUUAUUUAUUAAGUAAUUUCUAUACCUGACAUGGGGCCUGAACUCACAACCCUGAGAUCAAGAGUCACAAGCUUUUCUGACAGACCCAGCCAGAUGCCCCAAUAAUAAUGACUAUUAUGAAGCUAUAGUAAUUAAGAAAAUAUGGUAUUGCAGGAUAAAUUAAGGGAAAAAUGGAAAAAAGAGUCUUGAAUACACCUAUGGUCACCUGAUUUAUAACAAAAAUGACACUUCAAAAACAAAAGGGAAUGAAACUUCUCAAAGGAUAGUGCAAAAUCUGGAUAUUUUUAUGAAAAAUGAUGUAACCCUAACUUCAUAUGAAAAAAAUUCUGGAAUACUAUAGCUCUAAAUGUGAAAGGUAAAGCAAUUGAUUUUUCAAAAACGCCAUACAAGAAUAUUUCCAUGACCUUGAGAUGUGCAAAGGUUUCAAGAGAACACAAAAAAGUGUUUUUUUAAUGUUUAUUUAUUUUGAGAGAGAGAGUGAGUGCAGGAGCGGCAGCGGGGGGGUGCAGAGAGAGAAGAGAGAAUUCCAAGCAGACUCCAUGCCCAGCAUGGAGCCAGACUAGGGGCUCAUUCCAACAGACCAUGAGAUCAUGACCUGAACCAAAAACAAGAGUGGGAUACUUAACUGAUUGAGCCACCCCAAGAACACAAAAAGUCUUAAAACCAUAAAUUAAAAAAUAUUGAUAAAUUAGACUAAAAAUAAGAAGUUUUGUUCAUCAAAGAUAGCACAAGAGAACUAAAAUGCAAGCCAUAGAGUAGGAGAAGAUAUUUGCCAUACUUACUUCUGAAAAAGUGCUUAUACUCAGAAUAUAAUAAGGAACUUCUGAAGAUUGAUAAGAAAAAAAGGCAAAUGCCCUAAAUAGAUAGACCAAAGACAAGCACUUCACAAGAAUGUGUCCUAAUAGCCAUUAAACUUGUGAAAAAAGUGCUCAGUUUAAUUAAUCAAGGAAUUGCUAAAGUUACAAUAUGAUAUCACUACACACUCAUCAGAGUGGUUAAAAUUAAAAGACAAUAUCAAGUGUUGACAAGGACAUGGAACAACUGGAACUGUCAUUCUUUGCUGGUUUUCGUGGAACCACAUUUGUAAACUUUUGCAAUAUCUGUUAAAGCUAAAUAUAUAUUCAUGUCUUAUAACACAGAAGUCUAACUCGUAGGAAUAUAUUCAACAUAAAUGCUCCCAUAGACACUAAAAGACAUGUUCAAGAAUGUUCAUAGCAGCACUAUCCAAAAUACCCUCAAACUGGAGCACCCAAUCAAUUGGAGAAUAAACAAAUAGUAGUACAGUCAUACAAUAAAAUAAUAUAAAGCACUGAGAAUAAAAUUAAUUAGGAUAGUGUGUAACAGAUGAAUUUUACAAACAUAAUGUUGAGUAAAAGAAGCCAAACAUAAAAGAGAAAUACUCCAUAAGUCCAUUUGUAUAAAAGUUAAAAAAAAAAAAAAGAGGGGUGCCUGGGUGGCUCAGUAGGUUAAGCGUAUGACUUUGGCUCAGGUCAUGAUCUCGCGGUCCUCGAGUUCAAGCCCUGUGUCGGGCUCUGUGCUGACUGCUCAGAGUCUGGAGUCUGUUUCAGAUUCUGUGUCUCCCUCUCUCUCUGACCCUCCCCCGUUCAUGCUCUGUCUCUCUCUGUCUCAAAAAUAAACGUUAAAAAAAAGAAACGAAUCUAUGAUAAUAGAAGUCAGAAGCAUGCUUACAUUUAGCAGGGAGGGUAAUGAGCACACAAAAACAGAAGGGGGCUUCAAGGGUUUUGGUAACAGUUUUAAUUUAGGUUCUACUUAUACAAGUGUGCUCACUUCAUGGAAAUGUAUUGAGUUGUACACUUAGAAUGUGUACCCUUUUCUGAUAUAUAUUUCAAAAUAGUGACUUUUUAAAAAUUGUAAACUUUUGUAAACAUCAGUUAUCACUUCUUUCUUAAAUAUAAUCAAACCCACAAGAGAAAGUUUCUUCUCAAAAUGUAUUUUAUGAGGAACACUAAUAUAUCAUUUCAGUUUGUUCUGAAAAGUGUUCUUUUACUGAAAGCCAACCCAACAGAUAUUUCUUUAGAACUUCCACUACUUAAGAACUGGAGAAAUGAUCGGGCGCACUUCUGUGACUUAAAAGGACAUUGGUAUGACAACAGUUAUAAUUUGGAAUGAAAUGGCAAAUACUAUAUGCAAUAGUAAAUAAGGACGCCUGGUGGCGCUGCAGGCUAGGAGUAUGAAUGAAAACUCUGUGACUGCCGGACGCCAUUAAGCUGGGACUCAGAAUAAUGAAUGCUUCCUGAAAGACGGAAGUAUUUUAGGUAAGAUCUAGGGGCAGAUGUUUUCAGAGAGGACAUCAUUCUAGGACGAGUCAGUCAGAAAGAUCUAAUGCAAGGUUAUUUAACCAAAUCAUCUGGGUCGACCGUAUACAGAGGUGAAGAAACUGCACCACAUGAAUUUGGUGUGAACAAUGGAGACAGCGCUAGCAAAAACGCCACAGAAAAGGCAAGUUCUCUUUCUUGCUAUAUUGAUGCUUUUGUGGGAGGCUGGCUCUGACCCAAUUAGGUAUUCCAUUCCAGAAGAAACAGAAAGUGGCUCCUUUGUGGCCAACCUGGCAAAGGACCUGGGGCUCAGGGUGGGGGAACUAGCUACUCGAGGCGCGCGAAUCCAUUACAAAGGAAACAAACAGCUCUUGGAACUGGAUGUAGAAACCGGGAAUUUGCUGCUAUAUGAAAAACUAGACCGGGAGGUGCUGUGCGGAGUGACAGAUCCCUGUAUACUGUACUUCCAGUUAUUACUGGAAAACCCGGUGCAGUUUUUUCAGGCUGAUCUGCAGCUCACAGAUAUAAAUGACCAUUCCCCAGAGUUCCUAGACAAGGAAAUGCUCCUCAAAAUCCCAGAAAGCGUUCAGCCUGGGACUGUAUUUCCUUUGAAAAUAGCUCAGGACUUUGACAUAGGUAGUAACACUGUUCAGAACUACACAAUCAGCCCCAACUCCCAUUUUCAUGUUGUCACUCAUAAUCGCGGAGAUGGCAGAAAAUACCCAGAGCUCAUGCUGGACAAAUCGCUGGACCGGGAGGAGCAGUCUGAACUCAGUUUAACCCUUACGGCGCUGGAUGGUGGGGAUCCACCUAGGUCCGGGACCACUGCAGUCCGUAUUGAAGUCGUGGACAUCAAUGAUAAUGCCCCUGCGUUUUUACAGUCGCUCUAUGAGGUACAGGUCCCGGAGAACAGCCCCCCAAACUCCUUAGUUGUCGUUGUCUCUGCCCAAGAUUUAGAUGCAGGAACAUAUGGGAAUGUACGCUACACUCUAUUCCAAGGCAAUCAAGUUAUUCAACCAUUUGUAGUAGACGAAAUAACAGGAGAAAUUCAUCUGAAAAAGGCAUUGGAUUUCGAGGCAACUCGAUACUAUAACGUGGAAAUUGCAGGCACAGACGGUGGGGGCCUUUCAGGAAAAUGCACUGUAGCUAUAGAAGUUGUGGAUGUGAAUGACAACGCCCCCGAACUGACCAUGUCAACGCUCACAAGCACAACCCCAGAAAACUCCCCAGAGACUGUAGUUGCUGUUUUCAGUGUUUCUGAUCCAGACUCCGGGGACAACGGUAGGAUGGUUUGCUCCAUCCAGAACGAUCUUCCCUUUCUCUUGAAACCCACAUUCAAGAACUUUUACACCCUAGUUACAGAAAAGCCACUGGACAGAGAAAGCCAAGCUGAGUACAACAUCACCAUCACCGUCACCGACUUGGGAACCCCCAGGCUGAAAACGCAGCACAACAUAACCGUGACGGUCUCCGACGUCAACGACAACGCCCCCGCCUUCAGCCAAACCACCUACACCCUGCGCGUCCACGAAAACAACAGCCCCGCCCUGCACAUCGGCAGCGUGAGCGCCACGGACAGGGACUUGGGCGCCAACGCCCAGGUCACCUACUCGCUGCUGCCGCCCGCGGACCCGCAGCUGCCCCUGGCCUCCCUGGUGUCCAUCAACGCGGACAACGGGCAGCUGUUCGCGCUCAGGUCCCUGGAUUACGAGGCGCUGCAGGCGUUCGAGUUCGGCGUGCGCGCGGCCGACCGCGGCUCGCCCGCGCUCAGCAGCCAGGCGCGGGUGCGCGUGCUGGUGCUGGACGACAACGACAACGCGCCCUUCGUGCUGUACCCGCCGCAGAACGGCUCUGCGCCCUGCACCGAGCUGGUGCCCAGGGCGGCCGAGGCGGGCUACCUGGUGACCAAGGUGGUGGCGGUGGACGGCGACUCGGGCCAGAACGCCUGGCUGUCGUACCAGCUGCUCAAGGCCACGGAGCCCGGGCUGUUCGGCGUGUGGGCGCACAACGGCGAGGUGCGCACGGCCCGGCUGCUGAGCGAGCGCGACGCCGUCAAGCACAGGCUGGUGGUGCUGGUCAGGGACAAUGGCGAGCCGCCGCGCUCGGCCAGCGUCACGCUGCACGUGCUGCUGGUGGACGGCUUCUCGCAGCCUUACCUGCCGCUCCCGGAGGUGGCGGCGGCCGAGGCGCGGGCCGACCCGCUCACCGUCUACUUGGUCGUCGCCUUGGCGUCCGUGUCGUCGCUCUUCCUGUUCUCGGUGCUGGUGUUCGUGGCGGUGCGGCUGUGCAGGAGGAGCCGGGCGGCGUCUGCGGGUCGCUGCUCGGGGCCCGAGGGCCACUUUCCGGGCCACCUGGUGGACGUCAGCGGCGCGGGGACGCUGUCCCAGAGCUACCAGUAUGAGGGCAUUGGAAAGGAAAUGGAGGAAAACGCCACCUUCCGGAAUAGCUUUGGAUUCAAUUAGGGAUCUGAUCACAAUGCCAUGAGUUUUGUCAUUUAUCUCUAAUUUCCCCAAAUACCGAGUUUGAGAGCGUCAUGGAGAAAAAUCCCACCUUCAGGUAUGAUUUCCCUGAAUUUAUCCUUUUCAACUUUAUCUUGCCCAAUUUUGGGAAAACUGAAUUCUCUGUCACUGCAUCUAUGUAUACACAGUGCCAUCCCAAAUCUAUGCAUGCUGUUGACUUUCCUAAAAUGUUUGCUUUUGAUGGUAUUUGUCAGGAUAAGCUGUCUUAAUGAAAUCAAAUACUGUUUUUCUCUGUAUUCUGUCCAUUCUGUUUCAUCACACUGUUUUUGAUGCUAAAAGCAAAAAUAAAAAGGUUUUACAUAAUUUUGUUUUCAAAGGAAUACAUGCAAAUGAUAAUGAAUGUAAUAUGUGAGAAAACUUGACAAAAAGCAACAACAAUGUUCUAACUACUCUUCUUUCCUAGCUUUCAUCCAUACUGGCAAACAUUUUUUAAACAAUUUUUAUUGAAUUAUACAUACAGAAAAGGGAACGAAUCAUAAUUUCAAUGUGUUUUCAGAAAGUUAACAUACUUGAUACCAGCAUCUUGGUGGUUAGUAAUGAAACGUUACUAACAUUUCAGGUGCCACACAAAUUACCCCUUAAAGUCACUACCAGCCCAAGUAUAACAAUAUCCUGACUUCCAGUACUAUGAUUUACUUUUGCCUGUUUUGAAUUUAUAUAAUUGGAAUAGUAGAGUAUGAACUGCUUUGUGUCUGGCUGAUUUCACUCAACAUUAUGUUUAUGAUAUUUGUCCAUGACAAUGCUUUUAAUUUUAGUUUUUCAUUCUCAUUGCUGUAUAGUAUUCCACUGUAUGAAUAUUUUACAAUUUAUGACCCAUCCCACUAUAGACGGAUAUUUGGGUUGGUGCACAGUUUGCCUGUUUGAAUAGUACUACUUUGAACAUUCUCAUACACGUCCUUUGGCAAACAUGUAUAUGCAUUUCUGUUGGUAUACACCUAGGGGUGAAAUUGCUGCUCAUUUAGUAAGUACAUGUUCCCUUUUUGUAGAUUCUUCCAAAUAGUUUCCAAAGUGGUUGUACCAGUUUACACUGCUCUCAGUACUAUCUGGAUGUACCAGUUCCUCCAUAUUUUUGCCAACACUUUCAUUUUAUCCCAUUGGAAAGUACCUUUAAACCUUUUAUCUCUAGUCCUUUUUAUAUUCUUUUUUUAUUACUAAAGAAUAUGUUUGUAACCUUUUCAUAAAGUCUAAACAAUUUCCUUAAUUUCCUGCUACUGUUGUCUAGUACCUAGCACACUUAAAACUUCUCUCAUUCAUCCUUUACAUAGAGCUCUGUCACUAUUUUCCAGUACUUUCCUGAACAAGCUGAAACCCUCCAUUUAUUGUUCAUAACAACAGUUCCUUUCAUUUACUUGUCUGACAGAAAAAAUACAAUUCUUAUUUUUUUCUCUUACUUCUUUCUCCCUUACACUUUACAACCUCUGUCAAAUUAACUUACACUUUUAUAUAGUCCAGAUUGAUGACAUUUUUACUCUGUAACCAUAGCUAAGAAUAGAAUUCCCCCUUUUGUCUGUAUAUCUGUUGUAGAAUCUGAAAUCACUAUUAAAAAUUCACUUUUAAUGACCAUUAUAUUAUGAAUGCCCUGUAACCAAAGAUCACAAGGACACACUGGAUCAGAACAAAGCUGAGUUUAUUGACUUGUUGUAACAAGGGAGACUGCACAUUCUGGGAAAGCUUUGGUCACCUUAGUAAUAGCUCCUUAAAAAAGUAUAAGGCUUGUGUUUGGUAGUUUUGCAUAGGGCUCAAGGAAGUAGCCCUGGACUGGAUGCUUCCAGUGAAUGGGAGUAAUUCUAUUAUAGGGUAUCUUAUUGAAUUGUAUUCAGGAAAUGAGAAGAACAAAGGAAGAUUAAAAUGUAAUUGUUUUUUUAAAAACCAGCAUUCAAUCAAUCAGCCAGGACAGAGUACUCUGGGCGUUGUUUUGGUUUAUACAAUGUUCUUGUUUUUGACUGUGCUCAAGCAUGAUCAUGAUGUCAUCUUAUUGCAGUUUUGUUCCAUCUGAUCACAAUCCCUCUUUAAUGAUGUUGUUCUGUGAAGUUGUUUAUAUUCAACAGGAGAUCAUGGCCUAUUUGUGAGUGCCACGCCAAUUCCUAUGUAUAAGAGACUGAUUUUCUCAAAAUAUUCAUUGCACUAUAAAAUUCCUAGAAGAAAGCAUAGGAGAAAAGCUUCAUGACAUUGAAUUUGGUGGUGAUUUCUUGGCUUUCACACCAAAACACAUGGAACAAAGCGAAAAUAGACCAGUGAGACUACAUCAAACUUAAAAAAUUUUGUGCACCAAAGAACACCAUCAACAGUGAAAAGGCAACCUAUGGAAUGGGAGAAAAUAUUUGCAAAUACUAUAUCUGAUAUGGGUUUAAUGUCCAUAAUAUUUAAGAACUCCUACAACCCAACAAAAACAAAAAAAUCAAAUAACCUGAUUAAAAAAUGAGCAAAGGACUUAGAUAUUUCUCCAGAGAUGAUAUGCAGAUGACCAACAAACACAUGAAAAAAUGUUCAACAUCACUAAUCAUCAGAGAAAUGGAAAUCCAAACCACAAUGUAGUGUCACCCUACACACAUUAGGAUGACUGCUAUCAAAAAAAAAAAAAAAACAAAAACAGAAAAUAGCAAGUGUUCAAAAGGAUGUGGAGAAACUAUUCCCUCCGUGCACUGUUGGUGAGAUUGUAAAAUGGUGCAACUGCUAUAAAAACAGUAUGAAGUCUUCUCAAAAAAGUGUAAAAGAGAACUUCUAUAUGAUCUGGCAAUCCCAUAUCUGGGUAUAUACCUAAAGGAAUUGAAAGCAGGGUCUCAAAGAUACUUGUGCACCCAUGUUCAUAGCAGCAGUAUUCACAACUGGCCAGAGGUGGAACCAACCCAAAUACCCAUGUAUGGAAUCUUAAAAAAGGAAGGGAAGCCUAUCACAUGCUACAACGUGGAUGAACUUUGAGGGCAUUAUUCUAAGUGAAAGAAGAUAGUCACAAAAAGGCAAAUACAGUAUGAUUCCACUUAUAUGAUGUAUCCAAGUUUGUUAAAUUCAUACAAACAGAAAGUAGAAUGGUGCCUACCAGGGACUGGGCGAGGAGGAAAAGGAGAGUUUUUGUUUGAUGGGUAUAGAGUUUCAGAUUUGCAAAAUGGAAACGUUCUGGAGAUCUGCUUCCCAACAAUGUGAAUGUACUUAACACUAUGGAACUGUAUACCUAAAAAUGGUUAUGAUGGUAAAUUUUGUGUUACAUUUUUUAACCGCAGUAAAAUACAUUGCUCAUUGCAGAGCCAUAUUACUUAAGGACUAUAUUUUCUGCUCCUUUGAUCUACUGUUGUGUUUCCUGUGCCAUUGAAAAUACAGUGUUCCUAGAAUCAAGAUAAAAUAAAUUCACCAUUUUAUUUUAUUUUA